UCACAUCCCACAACCAAGAACAGACUCCUUCUUCAUCCUCUUGGAUAAAAACAAAACCCUUUUUCACAUUUUGUGACCCCAAGUUUCAUCUCUUUUUCAUUCCAUCAAUAUACAGCUGAUUCACAUUAUUUUAUUCAUCUUUUUCUAAACCCCCAAAGAAUCUAUCAAUCUGUCACCAUCUGAUGCUGGCCGUCCAGUUCAAACCGGCCUGGCUGGCUCUUCGCUAGAUUUAUGCUUUCAUUUUAGCAAUAUCUUCUCUGUUCUAUACAACGCAUCCACUCAAUCUGUGGUUUAAUUCGUCAAAUCUGCUGUUCUUCAUCUGUCAGGUGUCUUCUUUUUUCUCGAUCUUAUAUGGGUAUUCGAUUGUUUCAUCAGUUUCUUUCUUGUUGAUACUGAUCUGGAUCUGCGCUCAAGAACCCUAGAUUUCAUCUGUUUCGAUUUUUCUGAAAACCCCCAUCUUCGUUUCGGUGAAAUCUAGCUAAAUCUUUGGAUAUUAUGAUGGGUUUUGGGGGUUUCAAGUUGUUGUUCAUCUGGGUUCUGUUCUUGUUGUGUUUAUCACCAUCUUUUUCCCAAUUUAAUCCUGCUGAUAAGUAUUCCAUAGAUUGUGGAUCUCCCAGCAAUACCAGCAUCGGAAGUCGUGUGUUCUUAUCUGAUAAUUUGGCAUCAAGUUAUCUUUCAACCCCACAAAAUGUUCUUGUUGAUACUUCUGCAAAUUCAAUCCCACAAUCGGAAUACUCACAGCUCUAUAGAACAGCAAGAAUCUUUAGCCAACCUUCAACCUACACUUUUCGAAUUAUUCAAAGCGGUCGUCACUGGAUCCGUCUCUAUUUCUUCCCAUUCUCUGCAAGUAAUUACGAUCUCACGUCUGCAACUUUCUCCGUUUCCACCCGAAAUCACGCCCUGCUAAGCGAUUUCAAAGCCAAUGGUGCUUCUGUCAAAGAAUAUUCAGUAAAUAUUACAUCUGGUGAUCUCGAAAUCACCUUCACCCCUUCUGGGACUUCAUUCGCUUUCUUGAAUGGAUUAGAAGUCGUUUCGGUGCCGGAUCCGUUGAUCGCCGAUGAUGCUACCUCCGUCAAACCUCCGACGAACUACCGUGGGUUGUUGAACCAGGCUCUGGAGACGGUUGCAAGGGUGAAUAUGGGUGGUCCGAUCGUUACAUCCCGGAAUGAUUCGUUGUGGAGAACUUGGGUACCGGAUCGGAGUUUUUUGAAGAACCCAAAUCUUGCCACCAAUAAGUCUAAUAUCCCCGCCGUUCGAUAUCCCGACGGCGGUGCUACACCAGAUGAUGCUCCCCGGAGCGUUUACGGAACCGCCGCCAGGAUGGCAUCGGAAACUGACCCGAAAAGCAAUUUCAAUGUCACUUGGGAGUUUCCAGUGGACCGGGGAUUUCGGUAUCUCGUUCGGCUUCAUUUCUGCGAUAUCGUUAGUGAUACUGCUAACAAACUCUACUUCAAUGUUUACAUCGAUGAUUCGAGUGUUCUAUCGGAUUUCGAUCUUUCUACAAAAGUGGAAGGAAAUCUGGCGACCGCUUACUAUGCUGAUUUCGUGACACAAUCGAUCGAUGAUGACCAAAUUCGUAUCAGUAUUGGGCCAUCGGGUAUACGAGAUGUGUACCCGAAUGCGAUUCUGAACGGUGUCGAGAUUAUGAAGAUGAAUAACUCGGAUGGUAGUCUUUCUGGGGGAGACAUUCCAUCGUCUAGCUCAGGCUCGAAGAAGAAAAAUGUGGGUGUGAUCGUGGGUGUGGUCGUUGGGUUAGCCGCGGUUCUGUUAAUGGGUCUGGUUUUGUUCUUCGUUUACAAACGAAGAAAACAAGAACGGAUUAACCAAUCGAAGAUGUGGACUCCGUUAUCGACCAACGGAUUAUCACAAACGAUGGGAAGCAAAUGCUCAAACGGAACAACGAUCAGUGCAGGUUCGAACUUCAAUUACCGGUGUCCGUUUGCGGCGAUUCAAGAAGCGACCAACAAUUUCGACGAGAGUUGGGUGAUCGGUAUCGGUGGUUUUGGGAAAGUUUACAAGGGUGUGCUGUCCGAUGGCACGAAAGUGGCGGUCAAAAGGGGUAACCCGAAGUCGCAACAAGGGUUAGCUGAGUUCCAAACAGAAAUUGAGAUGCUUUCUCAGUUCCGCCAUCGCCAUUUGGUGUCAUUGAUCGGUUAUUGUGACGAAAAAAGCGAGAUGAUUUUGAUAUACGAGUAUAUGGAAAACGGGACGUUAAAGAGUCAUCUUUACGGGUCGGGUUUCCCAAGCAUGAGUUGGAAGCAGCGACUCGAAAUUUGCAUCGGUGCGGCACGUGGACUACACUACCUUCACACGGGCUAUUCCAAAGCCGUGAUCCAUCGUGAUGUGAAGUCUGCAAACAUCUUGCUCGACGAGAAUCUCAUGGCCAAAGUUGCGGAUUUCGGGCUCUCGAAGACGGGACCCGAGAUCGAUCAGACCCACGUGAGCACGGCAGUCAAAGGGAGCUUCGGGUACCUUGAUCCGGAGUACUUUAGACGACAACAUUUGACUGAGAAAUCGGACGUGUACUCAUAUGGGGUCGUUCUAUUCGAGGUUUUAUGCGCACGGCCUGUAAUCGACCCGUCUCUACCCCGGGAAAUGGUGAAUUUGGCCGAAUGGGCGAUGAAAUGGCAGAAAAAGGGGCAGCUCGAGCAAAUAAUCGACGUCACUCUCAAGGGAAAAAUCCGACCGGAUUCUCUUAGAAAAUUUGGGGAAACUGCGGAGAAAUGUUUGGCGGAUGUUGGAGUUGAUCGACCUUCAAUGGGAGAUGUUCUGUGGAAUCUUGAAUACGUUCUUCAACUUCAAGAAGCGGUUCUUCAAAACGACCCAGACGAAAACAGUACAAAUGUGAUAGGAGAGCUGUCUCCGCAGAUCCAUGACUUCAAUCAUGCGGAUGCGAACACGGGAACGGCUCAAUUCGAAAUGUCGAGCGGGGAUGACAUUUCGGGGGUAUCGAUGAGUAAGGUUUUCUCGCAGCUGGUGAAAUCCGAGGGUAGAUGAACAAACCCACGGAAAAAGAGUCAAGGCUAAUCGAUUAUUUUCGUUUUAUUUUCAUACAGAGUUUGAAGAACUUGGUGUUCUAUAUGUAGUUUUUGGUGCUUUUUAUGCUCUUUUUAUUUAUUUAUUUAUAAAUGAUGUAAUCAGCAACUUAUUUGAUUAUUUGAUCUGUUUUAAUGUUGGAUUUUGGACGCCAUUUGUGUUUCAA